AUGGAAGAAUGCCCCAAUCCGCAGCUCCUCGCCUGGGUCAAGGAGUGGCUGGACACAGCACGAGAACGCAACUCGAAAGGCUUCACCACCUAUCGAAAUGCUUAUGAAUCUCUCAAAGCAUGCCCUCUGGUUCUCCAGCACCCUGCCGAGCUGCAGCAGUUGAAGGGCUUUGGCCCAAAGCUGUGUGAAAGACUGACCGACAAGCUCCAGAAACACUGCCAGGAGAACCAGCUGCCCAUGCCAGAGCAUCCUCAAGUAAGGAAGGCUGCAGAGAGGGCCCGACGAGACGAGCAAGCUGCUGCUGCCGAGGAGGGCUCCGCCCCAAAGAAGCGCAAGACGCGACAACCCAAGGCCUACGUUCCGGCUUUUCGUUCUGGUGCCUAUGCACUCUUGAUUGGCCUGUCGACACAACCUGAUGACACCACCUCGGGUAUGACGAAAGCAGACCUGAUUCAUGUCUCACAGCCCCAUUGCGAUUCUUCCCUCACCGCACCAAGCGACCCGACCAAGUUUUACACGGCAUGGAACUCGAUGAAGACAUUGGUCCAAAAGGAACUCGUCUAUGAGAGGGGGAGACCUUUACGGCGCUAUGCAUUGACCGACGAGGGAUGGGAAGUCGCUAACAGGAUAAAAGAAACCCGCGAAUGGAAGGCAGAUAACGGCAACACGGCUUUGCAUCAUGCCACCUCUGUGCGCCCUGUCCGCUCGCCGUCUGCCGAGAUCGAGGUUGUUGCUGAGCAAGACAGUGCAGCCAAGGAGAAUGCCAUGGACGGCUCGUUGCCCGCUUUCGACCCCAUCAGACUGCCCCCUGGUUCGUUUUCUGUUCGUUUAGUUUUGGACGUGCGUGAAGUCCGGGCCAAAACCGAUCGUGAUUAUAUGCAAGAGGAGCUGGCCAAACUAGACGCCACACCGUUGAUGAGAAGUCUGGAAGUGGGCGACGCGCAGUGGGUUGCCAAGUGUCAUGAUCCCACACUGCUCCAGAGACUCGGCGCUGAGGGGGACGAGGUGGUGCUGGACUGGAUUGUGGAACGAAAGCGCCUUGACGACUUGAUUGGGAGCAUCAAAGACGGACGAUUUCACGAACAAAAGUUUCGUCUCAGGCGCUGUGGCGUUCAAAAUGUCAUUUACAUCAUUGAAGACAUCACCAUCGACCCGCAGAUUCUCCAAAGGUACGAGGAAGCUGUGCAGUCUGCCAUUGCCUCGACGCAAGUCGUCAAUGGGUAUUUUGUGAAGCGAACUUCCAAAAUGGACGAGACUGUCAGGUACUUGUCGCGUUUAACCGCCAUGCUGAAGCGCAGGUACGAGAAGCAGACGUUGCAUGUUAUUCCUUCUAGGGUGAUUACCGCGCAGAAUUACGCGCCCAUGAUGCAGCAUUUGCGAGAGACUCAGCCGUCUGUGGGCCAUUACAUAACGUAUCAGACGUUCUCCUCGUUUGCAUCCAAAUCCGAAAUGAUGACGCUGCGAGAUGUAUUUUUAAAAAUGUUGAUGACAACCAGGGGAGUGACGGGAGAGCGAGCCCUGGAGAUUCAGAAGCGCUGGCGCACACCCCAUGAUUUCGUCAAGGCCUUUGAAGCUUGCGGGCCCGGAGAGACAGGCAAGAAACGCAAGCGAGAGCUCGUGUCGAGCCAACUUGGCCACUUGGUUGGGAGGAAGAAAAUCAGCAAGGCGUUGAGCCAAAAGAUAUCUGAAAUUUGGGGUGAUGCCUAG